AUGUUUGCCAAAGCCUUCCUCACUCUUGCUGCUCUCUUCGCUGCCCGCCUUGUUUGGUGGACUCUCCAGCGCUUCGUCUUCAAGAACCCGUUAGACAAUGUCCCGGGACCAGAACCAGACUCCCGGCUCAUGGGAAACUUCAAGAGGCUCUUCAGCGUUGAUGGAUGGGACUGGCAUCGGGAUCUGUUCGCGAGAUAUGGCCGGGUCGUCCGCCUGACAGGGAUGCUGGGCGAGCGACAGCUGUAUGUGGCUGACCCCAAAGCGCUGCACCAUAUAGUCGUCAAGGAUCAAGACAUAUACGAGGAGCAUCCCCACUUCAUCUCUGCGAACAGCAUCUUGUUCGGGAAGGGGCUUUUGACGACUCUCGGCGAUCAUCACAAGAAGCAGCGCAGACUCAUGAACCCCGUCUUCUCGACUGCCCACAUGCGCAACAUGAUCCCGAUCUUUCAGGAGGUCAUGCUCAUUGUUGUUCAGCUGCGUAGCACGCUCGAGAAACAGACAGAGCAGGGGCCCGCUGAAAUCAACAUGAUCCACUGGAUGGGGCGCACUGCCUUGGAAUUGGUGGGUCGCGCCGGCCUGGGCUAUUCCUUCGACACCCUCAUGCCCAAUGACCCUGCCCACCCGUAUGCCGUGAGCAUCAAGGAGCUCGUGCCCUUGCAAUUCCGCGUCUUCACGCUCCGCGUAUACGUCCUUCCCUACGUAUACAACAUCGGGCCCGCCUGGCUUCGCCGCGCCAUUGUAAACAUCAUCCCUUCGCCCACCCUCCACGAGCUGCGCAACAAGGUCGACCUGAUCUGGCGCACCUCGAAUGAGAUAUUCCACCAGAAGAUGGACGCCUUGCGCGCUGGUGACGACGCGGUCAAGCAGCAGGUGGGCCAAGGCAAGGACAUUAUCAGCCUCCUCAUUCGUGCCAACCUUAAGGCAGAGGAUCCGUGCCCCGAGGACGAGAUACUUGGCCAGAUGUCCACGCUGAUCUUCGCGGCCGUGGACACGACUUCUUCGGCCCUUGCGCGGAUCAUGUACAUGCUUGCCACAAACCAGGAUGUGCAGGACCGCCUUCGCGACGAGAUACGCGCUGCGAAAGCGCAAUACGGGACCCUCUCGUACGACGAGCUCGAGGCGAUGCCAUACCUGGAUGCGGUCUGCCGGGAAACUCUCCGCAUGUUCCCGCCCAUCCCUACGCUCAUGCGCAAGACUAUCAAAGACGUGGUCAUGCCCUUCAGCCAGCCCAUCACAGGCGUGGAUGGUCGCGAGAUGUCUGACGUCUUCGUCCCGGCCCACACCCCCAUCCUCAUCUCCGCGUUGAACGCCAACCGCAACCCGGAUCUGUGGGGCGAAGACGCGGCGGAGUGGAAGCCCGAGCGCUGGCUCAAACCCCUGCCUCAGAAGGUGGUCGAUGCUCAUAUUCCCGGGGUCUACAGCCACCUCAUGACCUUCCUCGGUGGCGGUAGGGCGUGCAUUGGCUUCAAGUUCUCGCAGCUCGAGAUGAAGGUGGUGCUCGUCGAGCUGCUCGACGCAUUCGUGAUCUCUCCCAGCUCGAAGAAAGUGCACUGGCGCAUGAGCAACAUCGUCUCCGCCUACGUCGAGGAGGAGCCGCUCAAGACCCAGCUCCCCGUCGUUCUCUCCAGGGCGUCGUGAGUAUACUGAUUGGUCACUUCACAAGGAUCGGGCGUUGCAGAUAUGGCGUCAUAUUUGUUGUAUCGUAUCUUGAGAACAGUUAUCGUGCACAAUAUACUCGUCUUUCGUUACGAGGCGUGGGCUUGACAUUGGCCUCCCUUCCGCAAGCUACAGAUGUGCCGUCGCCUUGUUCGGCUUCACCGAACUGCAGCACUCCUCCAAGGCGCGGAUGGUGGUUUCAGGAUUAUCCCACAUAGC